ACCAUUGCGAGCCCAGCUAUCCCUUUCAUAUUGAAAGUCUUCCUAUCAGGGUCUGGUUAUAUAUGGAUUGGUUCCGCCUAUCUAUUGGCAAAUGCAAACUCCACUCCGGUGUGGGGAAAACUAAAUGAUAUCUGGGGACGGAAGGCGAUGCUUCUUGCUGCGGUGGCCGAAUUUUUGUCGGAUCCUUACUUGCGCUGCGUCAGUCAAUAUUCCAAUGUUUCUCAGUGGUCGUGCGAUCCAGGGAAGCGGCUGGAGGCGUGGGUCUGUCAGUGCUUGCUUCAGUGUCAGAUUCUCCUGCUAACUAUCAAAAGGACAAAGAGGCAUGUAUCUCGAUCUUACCAGUGUCGCCUGGGCAUUAGACAGUGGCAUUGGACCCGUUUCAGGAGGCGUCUUCACCCAGCUAGUAUCGUGGAGAUGGAAUUGGUGGAUCAGCUUUCCUUUGGAUCUGACCUGAAAAAGAUUGACGGCCUAGGAGUUAUCACCAUUUAA